CCCGGUGAAGGCAUACGAGCGCGGUUCACGGUGCAUUUUAUUAAGUUGUUCUGUUCUGAGAGGCACCGGAGAGAGAGAACAGGGCGCGUUACUCAAAUAGAAAGCCACGAAAGAGAAAUGAAGACACGGCGAUGAACAGGAAGUUGGAUUUAAGCAAACAUCAGAAAGACCUGUCCUGUGAGCAUCGGAAACGUGCUCCUGAGCUCGGUGAACUGGAUCCGAGCGCCGCAGGUCUCGUCUCCGACGUCGACCUCGACGUGUUUGAAGGCUGCAGAGCGGAGCCUCCAGCUCACUUCAGCUCAGGGGGGACAAGUGGGCCUGAGCAGAUGCUUAAAAAAAAACAAUCCGCCCUUCCUCCCCUGCCAGUCCUCUUCUUCGCUUUUCCUCUUCAUCUAUGGGAUAUGGAUGUUCCAUGGAGAGGUUGUGGUUGAGGGAGAUGUUGGAUGGAGCCAGAAGCACUUCAUACUGACAGGGUUGGGCCAAACAGCAGGUGGUGCACAAGAGAGAUUUCGAAAUCGCCUCCUCUCACUCUCACUCUGCACAAGCAUGGAGGCGCAAAGAAACCCAAAUUCGAAAAACUCGGGUGUCACAGCCGAGGCUCCCUGAAUAAAGAUGCCCGCGGACUUGGACGGCCGAAUCCGAUGACUCAAAAGAAGAGAAAGAAGUCCAGCCUCUGAUUCCAGGACAGCCGUUUGUAAUGACGUGAGUCCCCAGGUUUCGCCGAGCCUUCAGAGACAUGGAGGUGCUUCUGGGUUUGGGGGACCUGUUGGUAGAUGAACCUUGACGUCGACAUGAGGUCAAAGAAACCCUAAGCGCUUUGGUGUCCCGCUCACCUGGCCUCUGUCAGCAUGCCAACGCAGCAUAGAUGACUCUCCCUUCAAAGAGGCAUCCCCGGGUACCAACACCGUCUAGCCAUGUAGCAGCUGCAGGGGACGUGCAUGUGGCCUGCCGUUCAAGACAGUCCAAAUACAGUCAGCAUGGAAGAGCAAACCACCGCGCCGGUCUGGAUAUAUGUCAACGGCACGGACCCAGUGACCCCUUCGAAUGAGAACGACACGACGGAAUUGACCGAAGGCGCCGAGAAAUACCGGUCUUACAUCGUUGGUCUCUUCCUGUCCUGCCUCUACACCAUCCUGCUCUUUCCCAUUGGAUUCAUUGGUAACAUCUUAAUCCUGGUGGUCAACCUGAACCACAGAGAGAAGAUGACCAUCCCCGACCUCUACUUCGUCAACCUGGCUCUGGCCGACCUCAUCCUGGUGGCGGACUCUCUCAUCGAGGUGUUCAAUCUGAACGAGAAAUAUUACGACUACGCCGUCCUCUGCACCUUCAUGUCCCUGUUCCUGCAGGUCAACAUGUACAGCAGCAUCUUCUUCCUCACCUGGAUGAGCUUCGACCGAUACGUCGCCUUGGCCAGCUCCAUAAGCAGCCGCCCGCUGAGGACCAUGCAGCACGCCAAGCUCAGCUGCGGCCUCAUCUGGAUGGCCUCCAUCCUGGCCACCCUGCUGCCCUUCACCAUCGUGCAGACCCAGCACCGGGGCGAGGUGCACUUCUGCUUCGCCAACGUCUUCGAGAUCCAGUGGCUGGAGGUCACCAUCGGCUUCCUGGUGCCCUUCUCCAUCAUCGGCCUGUGCUACUCUCUGAUUGGGCGGAUCCUCAUGAGGGCCCAGAAGCACCGCGGGCUGUGGCCACGGCGGCAGAAGGCCUUGCGCAUGAUCGUGGCGGUGGUCCUGGUGUUCUUCAUCUGCUGGCUGCCGGAGAACGUGUUCAUCAGCAUCCAGCUGCUGCAGGGCACGGCCGACCCGUCGCAGCGGACCGCCACCACCCUGUGGCACGACUACCCGCUCACGGGGCACAUCGUCAACCUGGCGGCUUUCUCCAACAGCUGCCUCAACCCCAUUAUCUACAGCUUUCUGGGAGAGACCUUCAGGGACAAGCUGCGCCUCUUCAUCAAGCAGAAGGCCAGCUGGUCAGUCGUGAACCGCUUCUGCCGCCACGGCCUGGAUUUACACCUCUCUGUCAGGGGCGAAGUGUCCGAGGUGUGACUGUCUCGCGAAGGGGGAAUCGAUUAUCGGGUCCGGGGAGCAUGUUAAAUCAAUCACGACUUUGGCUUUUCGUCACCUGUUUGUUAGCUCGCCUCAGACAACUUCACUUUGUGAAGAAUAACACAAAAGUCACAGAGAAUUCACCCUCGAUGAAGGAUGAAAAUGAAGUGAUGUAUGGACUUUCAGAUAGUCACGUUCACCUGCAUGUUGGAUUAUUUUCUUUAAGUCUAUUUGAUGUGUUAUUUCUUACUUGCGUGGCAAAGCAACAGUGUAUGAAAUGACAGUACAUACAACAUAACUAAUGGACAGACGAGUUUCAGAGGAGACGAGCCUUUGUAUGAGAUGGAUAAUAUAAUCAGAACAUCAGUUUCACCUUCAUCAUUUCAGUUAAAAGCCACAUAUAAUAUCACCUGGUUUAUGUAUAAAGGAGAACAUGCAUAUAAAUCGAGAAACUGCCCCACACUCAGCAUCCCCAUCAUCAUCACCAUGACAUCACAUGACCAAAGGACCACUCUCAUCUGUCAAUUGGAACGUGACAUGAAACAAAUGUGAAAACAGUUCUUUCCUGUCUCGUCCUAAUAAAUUAUGGAGACACCAUAAAGGUGAACUGAGUAGAAAAUGUGACCAACAUGAAACCUCCCCGGUUGCUUAUUUACAUUGAAGCGAUGGUGUUUUUUAUUUCUGUAUUACUGAAAAUGCCUUAAGUUAAUAAAUAUGUGCUAAUUUAUGGAGGAAAAGUCUAAUAACAUUGGAUAAAGCCAGGUUCAAAAUUAUUGUUUUGUUUUGUUGAUACAUAAAAGUCUGAUAUUUUUUACAAAAGGAAUGUUGAAUGGUUAUUUUAAUCACUCCAUUAACAGCCAUAGAAAACAGAAACGUGUUUUUUGCCAUGUGUUUGUAUGUAAAAUGUUCCAUAAAUCCAGCAAUGAAUCUGAAACUGGAAGGUUUGGUGGAUUUAAGUGUUACUAAGAGCAGAGCUUUCUCAGAAGAAUCUCAUUUAGGGAAAACAGAUAUUAAAGAUAUGCAUUUUAAAUUAAAUGCAUUUUGAUGAUACAGGUGCAUACGGUUCAUAUUUAAAUCUGCAAAUGAGGCAUUAUCCUGUUUUUUUUUUUUAUUUAGAAGAAAUAAGACGGAAAAAAAAGAUUUCUGUCCUCUCGUCUGAAAGAAGAGUGUUGUUGUGGAAUCAAAAUAGACCACAACCCCUCAAUGGAAAAUUGAUUUGUGCAUCAACAAGUUUUUUUUUCCUUCUGUUGAAUAAAAGUGUCCUUAUGUACAGCAUGACAUCCAUUGGACCGGUGCAAACCAAUGUGUUGUUUUUGUAGAAAUAAAGAAAA